UUUAAUUAAUGCAUCUACUUCUGGGUUCUGAAUUUCGAUAGAUGUAUCUGAGAAGGUGAUACGAUAAGUUCAGUUUGUUUGAAUCAUGAAUACAAUUUUAUUAAUUGUUAGUGCUAUUUUGGUUUCCUCAAAUGGAAAAAGAUUACCUUCUUAUAUCAAACCAUGCAGAAAAGACGAUCCAAACUUGAACAAAUGUGCCAAAGAACAUGCAAUACAAGCGAUUCCGGCUAUAUUGAAAGGUGAUAAAUCACUCGGGAAUCCUCCUCUUGUUCCAUUACACUUAGAUUCGAUUGAAAUAAAGCCUAGUGAGAAACUUACCAUCAAAUUGAUUGAUAUCAAGUUAAUGGGACUCGAAACUAUCAAACUGUAUGAUGUCAGCAUCGAUCUGAAACAUAGACAUGUGAUGACUAAGCAGAGCUUCAAAAGAAUAAAUUUGGAGGGCCAAUAUAGUAUAGAUGGAAAACUUUUGCUACUCAACCUACAUGGAAGUGGUCCUGCAAAUCUGACAUUUGAUAAUGUCGAUGUAACUUAUGGAGUAUACUACAAACUUAUUACCAAAAAGGAUGGCAAGCAAUAUAUAGAUCAGAAUUUGACAUCAAAUGUUGAGUACUCGCUAGGAAAGUCGCAUUACCAAUUUGACAAUUUAUUCAACGGAAAUCCAGAAAUAGGAGAACAACUGAACAAAUUCUUGAAUGAAAAUGGAUCUGACAUUGGAAAAGAACUUGGCGGUACAGUAUCUGAAACAAUUGGAGCUAUUGUCACGAAAAUUCUUCAGUUCAUCUUUACAAAUCUACCAUAUACAGAGGUUUUUCCUUGAGCAGUUCACUAUAUAUGAUCAUUUAUUUCCAAAUUAAAUGCAAUAAAGACGUGAGCCGAA